AUGAUGUUCAGCAAUCAAUAGCUUAUCGCUGCCGCGGAAGAAGCAGCAGCAUCGCAACUCGCCGAAGUCGCUAUGUCACCUGGAUCUACAGCAGUUGAGGACGUGGUGAUGGUUCGACAAGAAGAAGGAAAAUUAGAUGGAACACCAAAUGAACCACCGAGAAAAAUCAGAGUGGUUGAAACCAAGAAGUCUGUUGACCCCGGUGCUUUUCCUGAGCUCCAGGCUAUCAAAGAUGUUAUAAGUGGCAUCCCAGAAGAG